CAUUUUUAGACCAUCGUACGUCGUCGAUUCAAGUUGUGUUCACUGCUUGUGAUUAAUUUGACGAUAGUCCAUUAUUUGUCGGCUAAUUCUGCACAAUAGUAACAUAAAAGCAUAUUAAACAGUAGUUGGAACGUGUCUGUAAGGUAAGGAGUGUUGUCAUUUCAUAUAUUUAACCUCUAAUGUUUACUAGAUGUCUGAAACUAGCUAGUAGUUAACUAACAUUGCAUGCUAUCAAGCUAGCCAGCUGCUUCAGCACAUUUAUACGCUGUUAGCAAAAGUCCCAGUUUACAUUAGGGACAUGUCUUGACAGCGCCUUUAAAUGUAAACGAAGUCUAUACACGUAUUGUUCACAUUCAAACACAACAUCGUAAGCAGAUACUUUUUUAAAGAUCCUAUUCUGGAUGUUCUAUGUCUUGCCUCUGAUAUUGAACUCUGCAUUGUUGAAGAGUUUGUAAGGAAACAUUUCACUGUAUGGUUUACACAUGCUGUAAUCUGUCAUGUGACAAAUACACUUUGAUUUGAUUUGGAUUGUAGCCAGAUAUAGCGUUUCUUUGCAAUUUAAAAACCAAUACAUUUCACCCCUGUAAUAUUCUUGUUUGCUGUAUGUCAAGUCAAACCAAGGCCUUUUUGCCUAACUCAAAAUGUGUUGUUUUAUAAUAGUCUCUAACCAGCAAGAUCUUCUAUGAAGUUCGGCAAAAACAAAGAUCUGUGUUUGUUUUGGUCAUUGUCAAUAUGUACUUCAGUUCCUUUUCAUGUAAUAAUGUGUUUUCUCUUUGCAGGGUUUGCAGUGCUUCUUUGUAUGGUUGUUCAGCAAAGUUCUACGUUGCCAUGGCGACUCCGGGGGGACAGGGUGGAGGGGCGUUGUCAACUAGAGGAGGAGCUAGGAGGAUGAAAUGGGCUCUGGAGCUGACCUUGGGCAAUGCCAGGUAAGAAGAGAGACCCAUUACACCAUUGCCAAAUUCCAAAUCCCUUAAACCCUACAGGUGCGUAGGGUUUAGUGGUCGAUUUUGGAUUGGAACUUUAUCAGCCAUGUUGAUUUUACCUGACAAAUGGCGGAUACUUGAUUAUUGUGCCCAGAGCCCACAUUUGAUGAUGAACUCAGAUACACAGACAUGACUUGCUUAAAGAGCUAGCUACCUUGUUAGAACUAUGAAUAACCUGAAUAUCCUAUACUACAGCCUCUCACCAUCUAUAGCCCUCUGAAUAAAGUGAACUGAACUGACCUCUGUCUCUUCCAGGGGUCGUGGUGACCGACAGAGUAACCAGGGAGAUGUGAUGUAUCCAAUUGGCUAUUCAGACAAACCAGUCCCAGACACCAGCAUCCAGGAAUCAGACAAAAACCUGGUGGAAAAGGUAGGUAGUGUAGUGGAGGAAUUGAAAUGAUCUGUUUGUGCUUUUGCCAAAUGCGUUGCUGUCAAUGAGUGAUGAGAAGUUUGCAUGGUAGCACAAACAGACUGGCCCUCAGGCUACAUAUGAUCAGGAUGCAUUAACAAAUCUCCCUUUGUACAUUGUACUAAAAAGUGCCUUAAAUGUACAGGUAACUGCCAAACUAAAGGAAACAUUUGAGUAAAUGAGGGAUACAAAGUAUAAUGAAAGCAGGUGGUUCCACACAGGUGUGGUUCCUGAGUUAAUUAAGCAAUUAACAUCACAACCUGGUUAGGGUCUGUAUAAAAAUACCCAGUUGCCCAUUAUUUUGGCUACUGUGGCUAGAAGAGAUCUCAGUGAUUUUGAAAGAGGGUCUCAAAGGAGCAUAGGGGGUUUAAAGUGUGUGUGUGACUCAGUCACCAGAGCUCAACCCAACUGAACACUUAUGGGAGAUUCUGGAGCGGCGCCUACGAACAGCGUUUUCCACCACCAUCAACAAAACACUUAAUGAUGGAAUUUCUCGUGGAAGAAUGGUGUCACAUCCCUCCAAUAGAGUUCCAGACACUUGUAGAAUCUAUUCCAAGGCGCAUUGAAGCUGUUCUGGCGGCUCGUGGUGGCCCAAAGCCCAAUUAAGACACUUUAUGUUGGUGUUUCCUUUAUUUUGACAGUUACCUGUAGAUUGUUAUUAACAUUUACAUUUACAUUUUAGUCAUUUAGCAGACGCUCUUAUCCAGAGCGACUUACAGUUAGUGAGCGACUUACAGUUAGUGAGUGCAUACAUUAACUUGCUUUCUCUCCCCCCUCUAUGACAGCGUUGCUGGGACGUAGCUCUGGGACCCCUGAAGCAGAUUCCUAUGAAUCUGUUCAUUAUGUACAUGUCUGGGAACACCAUAUCCAUCUUCCCCAUCAUGAUGGUCUGUAUGAUGGCCUGGAGGCCCAUCCAGGCUCUCAUGUCCAUGUCUGCCAGUGAGUAUUUAUUUAAGCAAUGAGGCCCGAGGAGGUGUGGUAUAUGGCCAAUAUACCACGGCUAAGGGCUGUUCUUAUGCACGGAUACAGCCCUUAGCCGUGGUAUAUUAGCCAUAUACCACAAACCCCCGAGGUGCCUUAUUGCUAUUAUGAACUGGUUACCAACGUAAUUAGAGCAGUAAAAAGAAACGUUUUGUCAUACCCGUGGUAUACCACGGCUGUCAGCCAAUCAGCAUUCAGGGCACGAACCACCCAGUUUAUAAUUAAUCUUUUACCUUUAUUUUAGCAGGGAGUCUUAUUGAGACCAAGGGAUCACUGCAUCUCACAAUCAAUACGAAUGAAAUUAGUUUAACAGGGACCAAUCAACAUUUCAGUUUCCACAUCCAAUGUAUGUGAAAGAGUCAGUUAGCAAAAGCGCUACUUUUAAUCCAUAUUCCAUGGGCAAGUUAAAACAGAUAUAGGUCAUCAACAAUACAAUAUCAAUAAAUUUGUACAAAUACACAAAAUAGCAAAAGAGUAGCUCUGCCUUGCCCUCUGAGACUACAGCAGUGGUCACCUCAACUUUAUUAAGGAGAAAUUGACUUACUAUGACUGAUAUGUGGUUGUCUCACCUAGCUACUUAAGAUGUAAGUCGCGCUGGAUAAGAGUGUCCGCUAAAUCACUAAAAUGUCGUCAACCUUUCUCCUGGAGCUCUCCUGAACCUACAUAUCAUAAUUGAAUUAUUAUGUAGUUUUAUAAGCAUGUCACCACUGCUCACUCUUACCGUUUUUCUCAGCAUUCAAGCUGUUGGAGAACUCUAACCAGCAGUGGCUUCAGGGGCUGGUCUAUUCUGUAGGGAACCUGCUUGGCUCGGCAUUGGCUAUCUACAAGUGUCAAUCAAUGGGGCUUCUGCCAACGCACUCUUCUGAUUGGCUCGCUUUCAUAGAACCGCCUCAGGUGAGAUUUUUUUUUUUUGCUGCGCUGUUAUCCGUUCAGUUUCCUGUUUUAUCACUUGUUUUGUGUUAUAUAAUGUUUUUCAGGUUUAUUUGUCAUGUGUAAUGAAUGCAUUGGAAAUCUUACUCACACCUGAGUUGUUGUGCUAUAUAAAAUACCAAAAAAUUGCAAGGAAAACCGCAAGAAAUAUAGUCAUAGAUAUACCAUAACGUAAUAUGCAUAAACUGGUACGAUAUCUGUUGUAAUGUGUACAAAUAUAUGAACUUUCUCCUUUUCUGUUCUCUGCAGAGAAUGGAGAUUAUGGGUGGAGGGAUGGUGUUGUGAAGACGACAGAUUCGCACACACUCUGAAAUAUGCUGAACUGUUCUAUUAAUUAAGAAUACAUUAAAUCUCUUCCAAGUCUUUACAAUUCUCUGGCUUUCAGGUUUUUGUCAAACCCCUCAAGGUUUGUAUUUAUCCCUACACUUUGUUGCUGUCAAUUGUGGGUUUUUAUUGCAAUUUUCACAGGUGAUCAAACAUUACAGAAAUGUUACAACAACUGAUAAUAUCAGGAGGCAAAACAUGGUCACCAUCCUACUAAAUCCACAUUGGGUUAAAUUAAGAUGUCACUAUAACAUGGUUUUCAUUUCCACUUUUUGUCAAAUAAAAGUGUCAAAAAACAGAAGUGUCAAAUGUAUUUGUUGGAUAUGUAUAGAAAACUGAAGAAAAACUUGCACAGGACAGAAUAGUUGUUACAGUGAGAAUUGACUUCACUGGCAAAUGUGUGGGAAUGUCACUAUUCUAGAAAAGUGAAUAAAAGCAUAAUUCAGAAAUAGAUUUUCCCUUUUAGCCUUGGACACACCCCUGUUUCCAAAC